GCCACGCUCAACAUCUGUCACGCGCCGGGAAUCUUCACUGAGGCUCUACCCUUUCCUUGGGUCCAUCUACACUAAGCCUUCCGAAGGGCGCGCCAAAAAAAAUACAGUACUUUUCAUAUCAGUUCUCGUGACUGAAUAAUUAAUAAUUUGUGCGGCGUUUCACUCUUCUUAUUAUGGUUCUUGCUAUGUCAGAUACCAUUACAACUGUCAGCAAAGUGCCUUAGCGCGUUGCCUGGAGCGCAGGAAUAUAUAGGGGCGGCCCACGGCGCCCACGUAAAGCACCCCAUCAGUUUAUCCGGCUAUCCAGCCUAGUCUCGGAAACUGAUGAUUGCGGGAGGUUUCGUUGACACGUCCUUGGGGUGUUACGCGUAUCGAGCCGAUUACAUCUUGGUUAAGAUAUAUAUUUAUGGAUGGCUGCGCUGUGAAAUUAACCGCAUCUCCACAUUUCCUCCAAUCCAUAUCAUGCCCGGGGAAGAGACUCAAGCGCCUUCUUCUGGGGAGUCGGCCAUUUCCCACGUUGAUGUCAACUACUUCAAUCCUGAUGGCGACGGAGAAUUGCGUAGGUCUCUCAGUCGAAUGUCGGCGGCGACCCAGAAUAUCGAAGAAACAGGAUCUUCGGAUACGCUCCACGCUUUUGAUUUACGAAAAGUAUUGGAACAAGUAGCUGAACAGCGUGAAAAAGCGAAUAUCAAGUCACGAGAAUUGGGAGUCAUGUUUGAAAAUUUGCGAGUCAUCGGACUCGGUGCCACGGCUUCGUAUCAACCAACUCUGGGAUCGACUCUCAACCCUUUGGGUAUCGUGGAAGGCAUCCAGGCCGCUCGACAUCCCCACACGCGCGACAUUCUAUCAGGUUUCGAGGGAGUUGUGAACCCGAGUGAAAUGUUGUUGGUACUGGGGCGCCCCGGGUCAGGCUGCACGACCCUGCUCAAGACUCUGGCUAAUCAACGCGGUGAAUAUCACGCUUUCGAGGGCGAUGUCCAUUUCGACUCUCUUAGCCAUCGCGAUGUCUACAAGAAUUAUCGCGGCGACGUUGUUUACUGUCCCGAAGAUGACGUCCAUUUCCCUUCCCUUACUGUCGAGCAGACAAUUAAAUUUGCGGCUAAAUUGCGUGCGCCUCACCUUCGUCUGGGAUAUUCUCGAGAGGAUUAUGCCGAACACAUCACUGAACUAUUGACCACCGUCUUUGGUUUGAAACACGUGAGAAAGACCCUUGUCGGCGAUGCUGCUAUUCGUGGUGUGUCUGGUGGGGAGAAAAAACGCGUGUCCAUUGCAGAGGUUCUUGCAACCCGGGCAUGCGUGGCGUCCUGGGAUAACUCUACUCGCGGUCUUGAUGCGUCCACCGCUCUUGAAUUCGUCCGUGCCCUUCGCAUUGCCACCGAUAUUGCGAAAAUGACAACCAUCGUUUCCCUGUAUCAAGCCGGGGAGUCACUGUACAAACUUUUUGAUAAGGUCUGCGUGAUUUACGAAGGCAAGAUGGCAUAUUACGGCCCUGCUAACGAAGCGCGCUCCUAUUUCAUCGAUAUGGGUUAUGAGCCUGCCAAUCGUCAAACUACUGCGGAUUUUCUCGUUGCCGUUACCGAUCCCAAUGGCCGGAUACCGCGUUCAGACGCCUUGCAUCUUCCCCGGACUGCGGCGGAAUUUGCAGCCCACUUCCAAACUUCGGGGAUUUCCAAAGCGAACAAGGCCGAGAUUCAGCUUUUCAAGGCGGAACGUGUAGGCAAAGCCGAUAUGGUUCAGUCGUACAAGGAGAGCGCACGAGAGGAUCAUUCGAAGCAUACACGAUUGGGUUCCUCACACUUGACAUCACUGCCGAUGCAGGCUAGAGCGGUCAUGCUACGGCGAAUACAGAUCCUGAGAGGGAACUUGUUGGCGACGAUUUUGAAUCUUUUUUCCUUCCUCUUCCAAGGUAUCAUUAUUGGCUCCGUGUAUCUCAAAAUCUCUACUUCCACGAAUGCAUACUUUUCUCGUGGGGGUGUCUUGUUCUUUGCAUUGUUUUUCUCUGCUUUGAUCUCCAUGGCCGAAAUCCCUGCACUCUAUGCUCAACGGCCUAUCAUACUUCGACAACACUCGUGGGCGCUAUAUCAUCCCUUUAUCGAUCAAGUGGCUUUGGUUCUGGUCGAUAUCCCCAUGGCCUUUGCAUCGUCGGUGAUCUUUUCGGUCUUAAUCUAUGAGAUGGCGCAAUUACAGCAGUCAGCGGGACAGUUCUUCAUAUUCUUCUUGUUCAUGUUCGUCGUCUCCAUUACGAUGAAGAGUUGGUUCCGUGCCGUCGCGUCCGCUUUCGCGGCAGAAGCGCUUGCCCAAACGUUUGCUGGUAUUUCUGUAUUGGCUUAUGCUGUCUAUACCGGGUAUUCACUGCCUUUACCAUCGAUGAUCGGUGCUCUCAAAUGGAUAUCGUAUCUCAAUCCUUUGAGGUGGGGUUUCGAAUCAGUCAUGACCAACGAAUUUCGCUCUAUCAAUGGCAGCUGUGGUUCCUUGGUUCCGCGUGGAGCAGGAUACGAGAAUGUCUCCUUGGACAAUCAAGUAUGCCCUGUCGUCGGAGCGCAAUCCGGCCAGGCUUUCGUUGAUGGAAACACCUUUGCGUACCUUUCAUUUGAUUAUCGUUUCAGUCACACUUGGCGGAAUUUUGGCAUCAUCAUCGCUUUCCUUGUCGUGUAUACCUCAGCUCUCCUCAUUUUCACUGAAGUCAAUACAAAGUUAACUUCGGCAAACUCCGUCGUCUUGUUCAAGCGUGGGGCAAAAACCGAUGCAGUGCCGAAGAAAAGCUCCGACAAUGAUGACGCCGAGAAGGCUUCUCAAACCACAACACGAGGUGGGGGUCUGAGUGACGAGGAAAAGUCUGGCGAUUACGAUAAGGCGCUUAAGUCAACGCCUUCUGUGACGGAUGUGUUUUCCUGGCAGCACUUGACUUACACCGUUCCAGUUGCGGACGGAAAACGAAGACUUUUGAAUGGUGUUUCUGGAUUUGUGGCCCCGGGAAAACUCACUGCACUGAUGGGGGAAUCGGGUGCUGGUAAAACGACCCUUCUUAAUGUCUUGGCGGAGCGUGCCAACGUUGGUGUCAUUACUGGCGACCGGUUCGUUAAUGGACAUGCCCUCCCAAGGGAUUUCCAAUCUCAAACUGGAUACUGUCAACAGCAAGAUACUCAUGUUGGAUCGGCGACCGUCCGCGAGGCGCUUUUAUUCUCCGCGCAAUUGCGUCAGCCCUCAUCUGUACCUCUGAGUGAAAAAGUGGAAUAUGUGGAGAAAUGUAUCCAGCUUUGUGGUUUGGAACCGUAUCGGGACGCGACUGUCGGUUCUUUGAGCAUUGAAAACCGGAAACGGACGACCAUCGGCGUGGAACUAGCAGCGAAGCCCAAACUACUGUUGUUUCUUGAUGAACCAACCUCUGGUUUGGAUUCCCAAAGCGCUUGGGCAAUCAUGCUUUUCCUUCGUGAUCUUGCAGACAAUGGACAAGCCAUUUUGUGCACCAUCCAUCAACCAUCGGCAGAACUCUUCCAAAUGUUCGAUCGUCUGUUGCUUCUCCGGAAAGGUGGUGAGACCGUCUAUUUUGGCGAUCUAGGUCACAAUGCCACGACCCUCAUCGACUACUUCCAUGCUCACGGGUCACGUCGAUGUGAGCCGGAGGAGAACCCUGCUGAGUUUAUGCUUGACGUCAUCGGCGCCGGUGCAUCUGCGACCACGAGAGAGGAUUGGCAUGAGAUCUGGUGUAACUCGGACGAAUUCACGAAGGUUCAGGGACAGAUCCAGGAAAUACACGCCAAAGGGCGUUCGCAGCCUGCGGUGGGAACUACCUUGCAUUCGGAGUAUGCCACAUCUUGGUUCCAUCAAGUGGUACAGCUCGUUAAGCGUGAUGCUUCCGACCAUUUCCGCGAUCCUAGCUACAUGAUGGCCAAGAUGAUGCUGAAUAUUAUCGCUGGUCUUUUCCUUGGAUUUUCAUUCUUCAAGUCAAAGCAUACGCAACAGGGUACACAAAACAAACUCUUCUCUAUCUUCAUGUCCACCAUCAUUAGUGUUCCUCUGGCGAAUCAGCUUCAGAUUCCCUUCCUCAAUAUGCGCUCCAUCUACGAAAUUCGCGAACGUCCAAGCCGCAUGUACACUUGGACUGCCUUGGUGACUUCGCAGAUCCUCGUCGAGGUACCCUGGAAUAUCCUCGGGUCAUCUCUAUACUUCUUCUGCUGGUACUGGACGUCUGGGUUUACCAGUGAUCGUGCGGGAUACAGCUAUCUCAUGAUGUGCUUGAUAUUCCCGUUGUACUAUACUACGAUUGGGCAGAGCAUCGCUGCUAUGAGUCCCAAUGCGGAGAUCGCUGCUAUUCUCUUUAGUUUCCUCUUCUCGUUCGUGCUCACGUUUAAUGGUGUUGUGCAGCCUUAUCGAGAGCUCGGAUGGUGGAAGUGGAUGUACCGUCUCUCCCCGUACACUUAUCUUAUUGAGGGUGUGCUGGGCCAAGCCGUCGGUCACCAGGAUGUUACGUGCUCGUCAGUGGAACUGGUCACCCUCAAUCCCCCCGCUGGACAAACAUGCAGCCAGUACAUGCAAACCUACAUUGCAAGAGCGGGUGGGUACCUCACCAAUCCCGAUGCUUCGUCAGCCUGUGGCUUCUGCUCGACUCGCACCACUGAUGAAUUCUUGUCCAACAAUUUCAAUAUUUUCUACUCACAUCAUUGGCGGAACGUUGGACUAAUGGCCGCUUUCAUUGUCUUCAACAUUGUAGCAACUUUCGCAUUCACUUUCUGGUUUAGAAUCCGUACCCGGAGCGUACUAGACAUUAUUCGUGGCCGUGGACGUAACACGCAUUAAGUAGAAGUGAUGACUCAUACUGUAACACUUAGUCGACUUAUAGAUACUAGACCUACUUAGCCGUCUCUAAUUAGACGGUGCUAUCAUUUUAGACAUUAUUUAAUUAUGGACGAUGAAUGUUCCGUGGACAAUGCAUUAACGCUAGAAUUUUUGAUGAAAAUUAU